AGUCACGUGGGACGGGAACAGCCUGCUACAUAAAGCAGACAGCCUUCAUCUCGAUACCUCCGCCACGUUGAAAGAUCAGUCUCAGAUAAUAUGGCAGCUGGCAAUAUUUGUGACAAUGGCGCUCAUCUGCCAUAUGGCGAGACAGGCAUGGGGACCUACGGUGCUAACCUAGGAGCAAACUGUGACAGAAGUUCAGUUCUUUUUCAAACGAGUGACUUCUUGAAGCUUGCUAAGGACGUUCCCUUCCCAGACAAAACCUUGGUAUACAAUAUCGGCGACUAUGGAACUGCUGAUGGUGCAGCUUCCAUGAGACUUAUUAGAAAACUAAUCGAAAGUCUGAAAGAGCACCAUGGCUCUGACGUGCAGUUUCAGAUCAUCUAUGAAGACCAAGAGGUCAACGACUUCAACUCCCUGUUUAGACGCCUCUCUGGUCUAAUCUCCGAGCCACCAUCCUAUCUCCAGGAUAUUGAGAACGUUUUUGCCUUGGCAUCGGGAACACAUUUUUACAAGCAGUGUGUCCCAGCUGAUUCAAUGCACAUAAUAUACAGUGGAGUAGCUGUACAUUGGCUUUCUGGAAAACCUCCUGUUAAUAAGGACGACAUUUUCUCUUUUCCAAACACAAAUGAUGAUGCCAGGUAUAUGCUCGAGAAACAAGCUUCUGAGGAUUGGGAGAAAUUCCUUAUCUUGAGAAGUCGAGAGCUGAAGAAAGGAGGAUUAUUGGUUGUAUCUACAGGUACCAAUUGCACCACUUCAUCAGGUGAAACCAAGAUUACCGUUGGUAACUUCUUGUCCGUUUUGAAUACUGUGUGGAAAACAUUUUGCGAUAUGGGCAAGAUUUCCCAACAUGAACUCCAUAAUACAAAUAUGGCAUUCUGUGACAAGAGCUUAACACUACUGAAAGCACCGUUUGAAGAUCCUGACUCAAAUGUGAGUAAAAGCAAUUUACGUCUUUUAUCAGCUAAACAGGUGUUUGUUUCUUGCAAAAUGUACAAGGAAUGGCGACAAAGGAAGGAAGAGGCAGGCGUGGAUGAUAGGUUUGAAUUUGCCAGACGAUUAGUGUCAGCCCAUCGCUGUUGGAGCAACAGUGCCUUUCUGACAGGACUUUCAGGAACUAGGAGUAAAGAUGAGAAAGAACUGAUUGUGAAUGAAUUAUAUGCUGAGGUGGAGGAAGUGAUUCGAAAUAGGAACCCAGACGAUUUCAAGGACGAAAAUCUUUUCUGUUAUGCCUUCAUCAUCAAGGAUUGAGACUGUGACUCCGACUUUGACUGAAAAACUAUUCAAACAUCACACCCAAGGCAAAGUCAAUGCAGUGCUUUUGACCAAAUAUAAUAUAUUACCAGCGCUUUGCAAACUGUUAUCAACUUCUUUAUUUUGAAGCACGAAACGUUUAUAGAUAGUAACUGCUUACUGCUUCGUCAGGUCAUUAGGUCAUGUCAAUGAAAUAAUAAUAAUCCGAAUGCUGUUUACUUACUAUGAACGCUUUUCGUGAAAACUGUGUGACUGUGGUACCCUUCUUGUAAUGAAGUCACACUAGUAUUACUUUCAUCACUGUUUUGCCUUUCAGGUCCUUUCACGUAGUGAAAAGCGGUGGUUAAAGCGUUCGCUCGCCUCCCGAAGACUCGGGCUUUAUAACCAUGCACACAGUAUCAUAUUGUUUAUUGUUAUGUAAUCGUAUAACCAAAUACAUGUUGAGAGAAUUCAAAGAUGUGUGUUCGCAGUAAAUUAUCAUUUUAUGAGUACUAUUAAUCACUUUUUGACACUGAAUAUUUAUUAAAUUUUAGUAUCAUCUUA